AUGGCCGAUGCGGGGAUAAUAUCAUACAAUGUCGCAAGCUUCAUCUGCGCUUUGUUCGUGCUCGAAUUUGGAGCCGACAAGUUCGUUGACCAUACUGCUGUCGUCGCUGACCGGACUGGCAUACCCGAGGCUGUCAUUGGCCUAUUGACCGCCGGCGCAGAAUGGGAGGAGCUGGCCGUGGCGAUUUCUUGCAUGUUGCAAAAUCGCCCUUCACUUGCCAUUGGAAAUAUUGUCGGCUCUGGCAUCUCGAACAUCCUGGGCGCCUUUUCGCUGGGUCUCAUCUUCCGCAAUCAGGAGGAGCUGAUCACUUUCGAUGCCAGUGCCAAGACUUAUACUUUGAUACUGUUUCUUCUUACGUUGCUCUUUACUGGACUGGUUCAAUGGGAUUCUCUUGAUCAAACAAGAACCAUUGGUGUCAUCUUGAUUGUUGUGUUUGUUGUUUAUGUCGCCUCAGUCGCGUAUCUGAUUGUGAAGGGCCGCUUGACUGCGCCGGAAUCAGACAGCGACAGCGAAAGCGAGGGUGAAAGUAUUGACAGUGAAGAUGACGAGGAAGAGGUUACUUCGAUCUCUCGAGCGCAAGUCAACUCGACAACUCCUCUCCUGGAAGCACAACAGGAACUCUCUAUCGUUCGGCAGCAUAAGCAUAGCACAUCGUACCAUGUGGCAUCCCUGGUCUUCGGCUUCUUAGCGAUAGUCUUGAGCAGUUUUGUCCUAUCCAGCGCCGCAUCAACCAUAGCUGAUCAAACUGGUCUCUCAGACGUACUGUUUGGGGUCGUCUUCCUCUCCAUCGCGACUACCUUACCUGAGAAGUUCGUCGCUGUGGUCAGUGGUAGUCGCAAUCGAACCGGUAUCCUGGUCGCGAAUGCUGUUGGAAGCAACAUCUUCCUGCUCAGUCUAUGCAUGGGCGUGUUGUGGGUCGGCACCGCAGGCACUGUCGACAAUGACACAAUCAACAUCGCUGAACUUGGCGUACUCGUGGGCUCGACACUUUUCAUGGCACUUACUGUAUGGUUUGGCGCUCGAUGGAGUCGUGUUGCUGGUAUGGUAAUGCUGAUUGGAUAUCUUGCUUUCCUCGUCUUGGAGUUUACCACUAUUCGUCACGGAUGA